CUCGCACGUCAGUGUCGCAACUGCGGUCGUUGUCGGCUCAAGUACUACAGAGAGGCGUUCCAGGUACCUUCCUGUGUACACAAUUUAAUGCCUUGCAGCAUUUACGGCGCUAAAGUGAGCACUGUGCAAACAACACACUUACAACAUGUUGAACACGCGACUGAAUUUACGUCACAGCCAAACUCAACCGGUUUCAUUUAUCGUGAAAGUAGGCAGUGCUCUCUCGAUAUACUGCAAGGCUAGGAUAUAUCGGGGUAUAAACAAAGAUACCUGGUGUCCUAUGUAAUUGUCGGAUACAUUUUCUUGAUAUAUUUUACUCCUGUGAUUGAACAAUUUUGCUGACUGCAAGUGAAGAAUGCGAAUCUUGCAGUCGAACAGAAGAAAAGUACAAAAAUAAAUAUGGUUAUUUAACCAUACUGUUAAUACAUGUAUGUAGGGCCACUAUAACCAACAAGAAAACACCGGAAAAAGAGGAGGCACUGCAUCAGCUCGCAAAAGCAGCAAACGCUUUGCUAAAUGCGGACGGUGGAAAGCUUUUGAUACACGUUGACGGUCAGCAGAAAUGGGACAGAGACUUGGAAGUACUUGAUGAAGCUAUUGGGAAAAGAUUUUCUACUCUUCUUCACGAUGGUUGUCAAUACUGUGACUAUUUUUCACGGGAAUGGUUGUCGAAUGUCAAGUCGUUUGAAUAUGCGGAUGACUUUCUAUUAUUCGGAAUUGCCAAAAUAAAUGGUGUAUCGACUUUAGAUAGUAAAACCAAGAUGCGAAAUGACUUUGAAAAUGUAAAUGCUCCAUGUGCUGUCAUCGCUACAAUACUGCAAUGUUGUGGAGAUGAUGAAACGCAACACCCUUCAAACAUAGUUCCACACACCGGUAUUGACGAUAUACCAUUGCAUGAAGACAGAGCGACAGAGUUGAAAUCGUUUCCACGACAGCAAGAAGGUGCAACGGUUGAAAGUGUAACUAACUGCAUUUGGAAUGAUUUGAAACUGAAACACAAUAUCACUUCAAUGGCAAAGCUUCCGAGAGGUGGGAGAUUCUGUAUCGGCAUCCCAGAGACACCCUAUCCAGGAGAUUAUAAAACUAAGACACGGCAAAAAAUUGGAUUUCAUCUCCGCGUCGACAUAAAUGAAUUGAUACAAAGUCUAGACAAUAAAUUGAAAACGGACAUGUUAGUUUUAACUGGCAGAGGAGCAUUUAGGGAAGCACCUUCAGAUUUGAUAGCGGUACAUGUAUAUCCAAUUCAGGGUACAAACAAAUGUGUACUUAGUGUUAACAUAAACCAUUUCAAUGGUAUUGUGUUCCAUGAUAGGGCAGGACCAGAAGUUUACACAUUCGAAAAUGGAGAAAUUUGUCUGAUGUCCAAUGACAUUUGGUUACAAAGACUGUUGUCGUUUUCUCGUCAACCAAUAAGCACGCGUGGGUUGAUGCACCGAUCGCCAAAUUUCCCAAGAAGACAUCUAUGAGUUUAAUCACGUCUGUCUGUCAACUGGCUUAUACAUUGUGUUGUCAGAAAACACUUUCAUUUAAUGUGUCGAGAGUUCAUAUCGUGAUCCUUUUAACUCAUAUAUUUCAGAUAGCGGACAGGGUAAUCCCACUGAUGUUGUCAAACUGGUACUCCUGGGGGUAACAGGAUCCGGUAAAAGUGUCACUGGUAGCAACGUCCUCAACAGAGAGAUUUUCAACAAAGGUGUUUCUAGCCAGUCACAAACACGUCAAUGUCAGAGAGGUGAGGCCAAAAGAAAUGGGCGCGAGAUUCAAUUUAUUGACACACCUGGCAUGUUUGACACCAAUGUGACGAUAGGAGAAAUUGCCAGAGAGGUGGCCACGUGUGUUUGGAUGACGAUUCCGGGUAUUCAUGCUUUUGUCCUUGUGAUCAAGGUCGACCGCUUUACCAUUACAGAUAAAACUGCUGUGGAAUCCUUUUUACAAAUAUUUGGAGACGCCAUGAUGGACUAUCUGAUAAUCCUAUUUACAAGGAAGGAUGACUUGAUUCACGAAAAUCUCACCAUUGAAGAAUUUAUUCAAAAAGUACCAGAUAAGCUGAAGGCUCUACUCCUAGCAUGUAAAAGCAGAUUUGUGUGUUUCAACAAUAGGGCACAGUCUGAGAAUGAGCGGGAUCAAGAUGUGCAAUCAUUACUCAAUGUAGUUGAUAAAAUGGUAUCUGCCAAUGGAGGAAAAUGCUACAGUAACUGGAUGUAUGUUUCCGCGGAGAGGAUUAUGAAGGACACUGAGGAACAGUUGAAGCUGGAGCAGAUAUUGGAGGUUAAGAAAAUGAAAGAUUCCAUCAGGCGAAAGUGGAAGGAAAAACAUGAAAAGGCUAAAGCUGAGACGUCUGAAAUUGUAGCCCAACUUCAACAGAGACUACAAGACUUGAAACAGAAAAGUUCAGAUGAUGCUAUGGAAACAUCAGAAAUACACACACUGAAACAAGAGAUUCUGGAUUACAAAAGAAUGGUAAGAAAACACCAAAGAGAGUAUGAGGAGGAAUGUUUGCAACGAGAACAAGAGAUAGAAAAUACUAUGUAUUUGAAGUUCAGAGAAACAUUCCGAGAAGAAAUGGUAAAAGGGGCAAAGAUCAAUAUUCGUGAUCUGGAAACUGCAUUAAAAAUGUUUGCAACUGAGGUAACGGGUAUGUUAUCUACCAUGCUCGGGGUGAACCUCGAGCUCCCUUCAAACAUACACGAUAGUCUUAAUGGCAAAUAGAUUCCACAUGGACAUAGGGGGGAUAAUACAUAUCAACGAUCACCAAGGACACAUCAGUGUUGUUCAGUGCAGAUGGUGUACCCUAAGUAAGGGACCGAUCAUUUAGUAUUCACGGGGUUGUGAUUAUUGUUUACACCAGGAUAUUUUUCGGUUUUUACUUUGGGACAUACAAAUGUUUUUUGGAAGAGACUUUUGUCCAUUUUCCUUUCAAAACUUAAAGCAUGACCGGUAAAGAAUUUCUGUUUUUGCAAAGCUGAAAUGUGUUGAUAUCAAUGGAAAACUACAUAGCAACUAUGUACAGCAGAACUAGAAUCAUGUUUGUGACUGUGCAAAUGCAUCCUUCCAAUGCAAGUAGAAGUUCAUAUGGUAAACUGCCAAUAUCCUUUAACUCUAUGAUACUAGGACAUGUAUAUCUUUUAUUCACCAGGUAUGUUUCUCCAGAUUGCACAUAAGCUGCAUUCAAAACCUGGGUCACCAAACCCUGAACCUAAGCAUUAUGAUCAUUCAUUGUCUGUGUUUCACGAGAAUCCCUAAACGAGACUAUAUCUAUAUCGCGUUCAUCACUGAAAUAUUAGCCUGCUUCUCUCGAACAUAUUCUGCUAUCUGGUCGACAACAUUAGUGUCUAUCAACCUACCCGUGCUGUUAGAUGUUUGAGAGAGAGAGAGAGAGAGAGAGAGAGAGAGAGAGAGAGAGAGAUGGGGGGUAUCCAUCAUUUUUUGUCUCAAUGCAUCCCGCUUUUGAAUGUGCUUUUAUCAUGUUCAGGCAUUGGCAGUAUCUACAUUGAUUUGCAUUGUCAGUCACACUAUUAGUAUAUUCUUCUUGUUACGUAUGAGACAGAUACGCCUAACCCUACAUGUCUAUUCCUGCACUUUGACAAAAUUAUAAGAAGCAAGUCCGUAUUCAUUUACAGAUAUGUUAAUGGCAUCCACAGACAUCAAUUGUGAUGCUAAAUUUAGUGAGCUGACUUUUUGGGAAACAGAAUGUUCUGUCCCUUGGAUCUUUCAAAGACCCAUAAAGAUUCAACUACACAUAUCAGUGUGCCCCCUUUCUUCCUAAUAAAGCAAGCACCAGAGCCUGACAGAUAAAAACAGCAUAAUCAAUGAAAACAUUCUAUGUUUAAUACAAAAAUAGUUUUCUACCAACCAGCAGAUUUCCCAAUUCCCCAUGUUUAAUCACUUUUUAUGAAAGGCGAGCAUGCUCUAUCGAUAAAUGAAAGAACAAUUAAUGGUUGAGACUUUACAAUCCAAGCAAGGCAAAAUAUAGGAGACACCUCCGAGUAAAACGGGAAUUUCGUAUGGAAAAUGACUUCAUGAGAAUUGUAUAUCAGUGCGUGAUUCGAUACUAGCGCGAAGCUAGAGUUGUACUGUGUGUAUUGUGAUUAUGUAGAUUCCUCUGUGUUUGUACAGUCAGAGAUAUUGUAUAUGUGUAUUGUGUCACUCCACAAAUAUGUUAUAAAAUACACAGUUGUUGUUGAUGUGAGAGUGGCUGUGUUAUUUCGAGCUGUAAUUAUAAUUAUAAACCUAUUUCAUAUUCUUCACCCGUGUAGUGUAAUGGUGUCGUUGGUGACAUUUUGAGGCAGGUGUGUGCCAGCAUUUUAAUGAACAUCUGAUAUAUGUAAAAUUAUAAGUGUAAAUAUUGUCCAUAUUACACGUCAAUGCUUGAAUAUAUCAUUAUACAAAUAUGUCACAGUUUUCAUCAAUUGGUUAACGAGACUUUCAUGUCUGUUGAGAACAUACUGUCAGUUCGUAAAUAGCAUCAUCCGAGCCAAGCACGAACCGCCAGUUACAAGUUUGUUCUCUAACUAAAAACAACACAUCCUUACUUUCCUUGUAAAAUAUUUGAAAAAUAUGCAAGAACUCUUUGUAGUCUGUAUUUUUAUUGUGUGAGUCGCCCUUCAGUUAAUGCACGUAAAAUGUUCUUUGUUGUGGAGACACGUGGUAUAAACGCGGUCGCGAGUUGAUCUUUACAAUGAUAUUAUCAACGUGAUCAGUGUAACACGCCCUUGUCGGAUCUCAAGGGAUAUAAAAUCAAAGCCCCUUAUGGCGAUUACUAGUAUCUGCCAGCGAGCUGAUCCUGUGUCCGAUAUUGAACCAAAUGAACUCCUUGAACGCGGACAGCUUAGCACCAAAUCUUCAGAUACUGUGUUUGUCUAUCAACAGGUAUUCGACCAUUAUGAAUCACAUCAAAAUAUCAACAAACUCCCGUCAUCUGACUGUGUCCACUCCGCGUAUGACAAAUCCUCCUGAAAUCCCACAUGCACACGUUUCCAAACAGUGACACUUGUCUCAAAUCACACACAAUGUUAAUUAAACUUGUUGUCCGGAUUAAACUGUAACCGGUUCUCUUGUCAUUCCUGGUUUCGGCUGUCUCAUAUCUGGGUCAAGUCGGGUCAUUCAUUCCGACACUGUGACAGCAAUCGUACUUUUUAAAGUUUAGCUUCUUUUCGUAACUUUUCUCUAACAAACACGACUUCUGUACAUUACAUCUAUGUUGUUGUUAUAGGUUUUGGCAUUUUUGUCAAAUGACACAUAAAAAAAUUGACAGGUUUUCCGUGUUUCCUCUUCUCAAUGUGAAAUGCAUGUAUCUGCCGAUGCACGACGGGGGCUGUCUGUCAGUGACGAGAUCUUGUCAAAACAAGCUUUGAUUAAAAAACCUGAUGAACCUU